AUGGUCACUUCUACACACCUUCAAACGCACGAAUAUUGGCUUCCAGAGGACAUUGUGCACUUUUCGGGUGCGCGCCUAUCGAUGGGCUUCAACCAUGCUACGAUGAGCAGGAGUAGCAGCAGGAGUAACGGUGGUCACCGGAAACAGCAACCAGCCCCAACGACGCUACGACAUAAGCCCAGCUCAUUAACCCUAGACAGUGAUCCUUGCUCCGCUGAGAUUUUAUCGUGGUCUGCACUUAUCAACGCCCAGAUGUAUUCCCCUUGCAUCCAAUCCGUGCCCACCGACAUCUCUCGGCCCGUGGUAAACGGGGAAGACGCGGCCUCGCUACUCUCGACGUGUUUUGAUCCCACAACUCUGGACAUCGGUUUUGAUUACACAUGUCUAGACGGCCUCGAUGACAUGCUUCUUCAUAGUCCUAUAGAAGCCUUUACUGAGGCUUGCUGGGAAGAUGCGGUUCGGGUCUCCAGGCAUCCUGACCGUAGUUCCACUCCAACUCCGUCAUGGAGCCUCGACUCCUCCUUGAAAUUCAAGAUGAAAGACGUGCGCGAAUCGCGGACUCGAACACCAGUUGACAUUACCUUCAACUCGUCUGAUGAAUCUGACUCGGACGAGUGUAAGACGUGCCAUGAGGAUGACGAAGCGGCCCUGUCUUUCAGAGUCCCUCCCAUGGACAAAACGAACAAUCACCACCAUCAACAUCAUCAACCAGCAGUUGAUGAGGGCAAGAGCCUGAUGUUCGAUGAUCCCACCGAUCAACUUGCAUUGUUAGGGUUGGAGCUCGACGCGUCUGCGCGAGCUCGGCACUUCCACGUUCCUGACCCAAAUCAAAGUGUCGGGUACUUUCCCAUGCCUGUGAAGCAAAAAAAGCCAUUGUUAAGCACAGGCAGAAUUGCAGCAUUCUGGGAAAGCUUCCCGAAACCGGCGCGGAUGGUGGUGGUGAAGUCCUCGCCGUGAUUCGUGAUUAUGUCCCCGCUCUGAUUUUCGUUGUCUGUACUCACGCCCUACAUUCGCUUCGGUCUGCACGUUACUCCACGCCCUAGUUUUCUCCUCUUUCCGGAACGACAUCUUGUAUACCACCCAUCACUCACGAUCGAACGAUGAUUGUACCAAAAUUCACAUCAUCUCCACCGCCACACACUCAUUUUUUUCUCCUCUUAUCACGGUUCUCACACUAAACAUUGCACACUCCCCUUAUUGCUUAUUUUAUCUCCCCCACUAUGUACUUCUUGGAUCCGGACCAACCUUGCUUGGCGCGACGGAUGGAGGGGACGACGCGAGAUGUAUCCUCCCACUCCCUAUCAAACACAUUCCGUAUAUACCCGCGUCCACCCUUCGCCCAGGUUUAAAUUAAAAAGGGUUUGGCGUCUCUCUCUUAAUGAAGUCAAUUCCGGUUGUGCGCGU